AUGGCGGACCAGCACGCGCCGUUCACGCCGUCCGUGACGCCGCGCCCUAUCAAGCCAUCGCAGGCACCGUCGCCCCGGAAGGCACGGAUGCUGGCCACGAAGGCUCCGAUCGUAUCGCCGAUAAAGGUCUCGGCGUCGCUCUCUCUCAAUAACAAAGACCCACACCCGGAGGAGCCACCGCCGCGCGUAAGCAAGCUCAAGAUGGUGGGAGAGAUGCACGCGGUGCGCAACCUCGCGAGCCACAUUCAUUUUGGUAACACGGCGCGGUCCGGCGUCGGUGAGAUCGUCAAGGUCUUCGAGAGCCAUGGCAUUCACCUUACGACGGAUGAAGCCAAGACACUUCUGUGCGAGUACGAAGAGAACAACGACGAGCACCUCGACUACCGGAAGUUUGUCGAGUCUUUUGCGACCAUGCUUCGCAGCAAGGAGGCGGGGAAACGCAUUGAUAUCAAGAAGCAGCGCCUCCAAGAACACAUGAAGCGUAUUCACACGUUCCAGAGCGCUGUCGUCGAUGACAUGCACGAACUACUGAAGGAGCGGCUGCAGUCGUCUUGGAUUAGUCUCAAAGAGUCGUUCAAGGCACUGGACCACGAAAAGAGUGGUUUUCUGGCAGCAACGGACUUUCUUAAAGUCCUCAAGCAGUACGAUCUGCCCGUGUCGCAUGAUAUUCUUGUGAACCUCAUGCUACGCUUCGACACGAACGGCGAUGGCAUUGUGAACUACACCGAGUUUCUGAGCCAAUUUGGCGCCAAAUUUUCAAGUGCCAACCCGCAUGGCGUCGGGAGCUCGAUUCUACAGCACACAGCUCACGACUUCUCGGUCGCCGCCGUCGAAGAGAAAGUCCAGCGGGCGUUUCUUCAAGGUCAAGUCCGAAAGCUCGUCGACGACAAAAUUGAACCGUCCUGGCCGAAGUUGCGUGAAGCGCUUGUGCAGUAUGAUCACACCAAAGGUGGCUUUGUGUCGCGCGACGACCUCCAACGGCUGCUCGCGCGCUUCCACAUUGAUCUACCUGACGCCCAAUUCCAGCAACUCGUGCUCUGCUACGACACAUCGCGCGACGGCAGCGUCAAUACGGCCGAGUUCUUUCGGCAUUUUGGCGAAGACCUCCGCGCGUUUGUGCUCACGGAGCGCACGUCGCUGCUCAUGUGUGACAAGUCGAGUCACAACGACCGCCCCAACAUCAAGGACCACUUUUCCAAGCUCUCGGACGCACAGUGGCACGCCUUGUACUUGGAUUUUGUGGCUGCUGACACUCACAAGACGGGUUGGAUUCCCCGCGCGCAAUUUCUCUCUAUCCUCUGCGACUACCUCGGACAUGACUUGCCCCACGACAACGCAACCCCAUCUUCCGUGCGUGUGGCUCUCAUGGGCAUUUACGCACCGCACCCGAGCAAGAACACGGUGAACGCUCCGAAGCAAAACCCGACCGAGUACUACAACAUGGAGAGCAGUGUCCACACGGUGUGCGCUGCUCUGUCGUCUGAGACGUGGCAGUCGCUCAAGAGCGAGCUAAUUGCUGCCGACGUCCGACGCAUCGGGCGCAUCUCGGCUGAUACGUUUAGCAGCAUUACAAAGACGCACAUUCCGCACCUCCGCGACGACCAAAUGGCCUUUCUCGUCCUCUUCUACGAAGACAAGGCCAAUACGCACCACACGUGCUCAAUUCGGUACUCGUCGUUCUUGACCGACUACGACCACGAGGUGACACCAUCGUCGCGCGAACUCAUUGAUCCGAUCGACGAGAUGGACGAGUGGGAGAUGCACGAGCCCACAGGCCGGCGGCGGCAGCCGGCGCCGUCGCCACUGGAUGCGACUCGGAACGUCCUCAAGCAGAACUUGCACGCGCUCGAGGCUGCGCUUCUGCUCGCUGACGCUGACCUUAAGGGCAUUGUGAGCCUCGAGACGUGGCUCUCGCUUCUCAAGGACCAUGGCGUCAAGGUCGAGCGCAAGUCACCCAUCUUUGACUCGCUUUUUGGUCGCUUCAUCAACCCAACCCUUGGCGUUCUCAAGUACCGGGAGCUCCUUCUCGACUUGGACGCAGGCGUGCAGGCCAAGCAGCUUGUGGACACAUCUGAAUGGACCUUGCUUGGCGUCGAAAAGAGCCACUCGAGCGAGAUCCGGUCGAUCGACGACGCCCGUGUUGUGCUGCGUCACCACUUGACGUCGUCACCGGCGCUCCAGCGGCGCGUCUACAAGCUCUUUACUCAAGUGGACACUGCACGCUCGGGCUUGCUUCCAUACGUUGACGUCCGGCGCGUUCUGGAGAAGAUUGGCAUUCCGUUUGCGGACGCCGAGCUCUUUGGCGCGUUCGCAAAGUACUUUGAUGUCGACAGCUCUGGCUUUGUUCCAUACCUCCAGAUGCUCCACGCGUGCGGCGGCAAAGACCCGGACAAGAUGUCGGGCAUGAGCGACCUCGCAAGCAACUGUUCGUACUACAGCGCGAUCUCGAACGCACCGCGGGCUGUUGCGAAGCGCUCGAGCCAGCACAAAUCUGUGUCGGUGGACGCCGCAGCGCACGCGGUCGUGAACCGUCACGUCGAAGAGGGUCAGCUGGCCGUCGGCAGUGCCGUCGCCGUCGAGGAAAAAAUCAAGGCGCUUCUCACAAAGCGCUGGAAGACGCUGCACAAGGCGUUUCAGUCGAUCGACUCUGAUAAGUCGGGACUCGUGUCGCAGGCCGCGUUCCGCAAAGUCAUGGAGAACACUGGCGUCGCGCUCACGUUUGAAGAGAGCCUUCGGAUUUGCAAAAAUACGACACGGACAACUCGGAAGCCUUUCUCCGAGUACACGCCGCUGAAGCCCUACUCAUCCGAUCACGCCAACCUCCCCGCGCUAUCGCCAUCCAAGUCGCCGGUGCCCGAAGAAAUCCGGAGCGUGCUCAAACUCAAGUGGAAGAGCGUGUACGCGUCGCUACGGAAGCUCGACACGGAAGGCUCGGGUCACAUUUCACCCCAGCACUUUCGUCACUUGCUUGAGUGGUUCGGCAUUGUGGUCUCCGAUGACGUCUACUACACGCUACUCAAACGAUUUGACUCGGUUCAGGACGGCCACGUCAACUACAAUCAAUUUAUGCGCGCGUGUCUGCAAUAA